CUUGCUUGUUAUUAAAAAAGUUUGUGUUGAGAUAUCAUUUCUGCUCUGAAACGGUCGCUUUCAAAAUGGUUAGAUUUUCAAGAACAGUUGCCCCAGCAAACGACAGGAAUUUAAUCAAACAAGAAGGAGAAUGUACAGAUCCUAACUCGAUUACAAAAAACAACAAAAAGUUGUUUGGCGUGUGUCUUAGUAAAGGGGAGUGGAACAUAACAGAUAACUCAACCUGCCUUUGCAAUUAUGGUUAUGAGUUGACGAAUGGAUCUUUCACAUGCAAAGAGUGUCAGAGAGGCUUCUAUAAGGAUUCUGUUAGUAAUUCAAAAUGCGUGCCUUGUCCUGCAAAUUCAGCACCUGAUACUGGCAGAACUGGUUGCACGUGUAAAGAAGGUUACUACAGAUCAUCUAAUCUGGCAGAUUGUGAAGGUAUACAUGUAUAUAUUAGUGUUUGGUCUUGUCCUAAUCGUUGAUUAA